CUCUCACAGACCUGACCAUUAACUUUCCAUGGGACUGAUGGGUUCAAUGAGAACGCAACUCACGAUCCCCGUGUUGCGUUGCUGGCGAAGUGUAGCGUUGGCGGUCCAGCCCCAGUCGAUUGACCGUAGUUGUUAUCAGCAACACGGUGGAUGUCUGAGCAGGAUAUCGCAGAUUGUUGGGCAUCGCGCUCCCGUUGCCAGCAUUCUGACAGAGGCUGGCUCUGCCAGCAAGGUAUCAGCACCGCCACCACGCGCCGUCCCGAUCAGCUAAGCUGUCUCAGUCUCUUCAGCCCUCGCCGU